AUGCAUCCGAAACCGUCAGCGAAGGGAGCGAAGAAGGCUGCCAAAUCGCACAAAGCGAGGAGUGGGGAUAAAAAGCGUCGUCUUCGGCCAGAUUCAAAGGAAUCAAAUGAUGUCGAGGUUCAAACCCAUAUUAAUUUCGUCAAUAAGCAAAUGGUGUUUGUUGAUGUUUUGAUUAAUGCAGUGACGUUGGGGACUGCCAAGAGAUAUUGA